AUGGUUUCAUUCUCCAGCCUUAUUGUCGCCUCUGCGAUGGUGACAGCAGCUUUUGCGGCUCCCACCAAGUCCCUCACCAAGCGUUCUAACGCCAAAAAGGGUGCUGCUUACAACGACGCCAGCCUCGUCAGCCUCGUUAGUGACGCUUCCUGGGCCUACAACUGGGCAAGCUCUUCCGGCGGCACACUCCCCUCCGGCGUCGAGUUCGUACCCAUGCUCUGGGGAUCUGACACCACCGGUUGGACCACCAACGUCGAAGCCGCCCUCGCCAGCGGCAGCACCCAUAUUCUCGGAUUCAACGAACCUGAUCUCGACACCCAAUCCAACAUCGACGCUGCCACCGCCGCUGCUCUGUACAAGGAAUGGAUCACUCCUUACAAGGACCAAGCUGAAUUGGUCMCCCCCGCCGUGACCAACGGUGGCGCCCCUCUAGGUCUCACCUGGAUGGAGUCAUACCUUGAGGCCUGCAAUGGUGAAUGCGGUCAGACUGCCAUGGCUAUCCACUGGUACGCGGAUGCCGUCGACACCGACUUUGAAAGCUACAUCACCGAAGCCUAUAAUCUCGCUGCCAGCCACGGUAUCUACAAGAUCUGGAUCACCGAGUUCCAGAAGACUGGUGUUGAUGAUGCUUCUCAGGCUACUUUCAUUGGCAACACUAUCCCUUGGUUGGAUGAGACCAGCUACGUUGAGCGUUAUGCCUACUUUUACGUUGCCGACGGUUAUUUGACCAGCGGUAGCUCUUUGAGCACCAUCGGCUCUGCUUAUAACUCUGACGAGUAA